GUGGCAGCCCGCUACAUGGAUGUCAAAGGGAAAAAGGGUCCCAUGGGAAUGCCCAAGGAAGCAACAUGUGACAAGUUUAUGUGCACUCAGCAAGGCUCAGAGUGUGACAUCUGGGACGGGCAGCCAGUGUGCAAGUGCAAAGACCGCUGUGAGCGGGAGCCCAACUUCACCUGCGCCUCAGACGGCAUGACCUACUACAACAAAUGCUACAUGGAUGCCGAAGCCUGCUCCAAGGGCAUCUCUCUGUCUGUGGUGACCUGUAGGUACCACCUCACCUGGCCCAACACCAGUCCCCUGCCUGUGGAGACCACUGUCCGUCCAACCACAGCUCUUCUGGAGACCACACCCAUGGAUGUGCAGCUGCCCGUCAUGACGAACAACCCAGCCCACCAGUCCGUGUUCGUGGGCGAGACAGCCAGCUUCCUGUGUGAGGUGACGGGAAGACCCAAGCCAGAGAUCACAUGGGAAAAACAAGUGGAAGGGAAAGAGAACAUUGUCAUGAGGCCUAAUCAUGUCCGCGGGAACGUGGUGGUCACCAACAUCGCCCAGCUGGUCAUCUAUAAUGCCCAGAUCCAGGACACUGGCAUCUACACCUGUACAGCCAAGAAUGCAGCAGGUUCCAUACAUGCACACUUCCCCCUUUCUGUGAUCCAGAGGGACCCUGUCAAGAAGGAAGAACACAAAAACUCCACUCUCUUUCCGGUGGAGGAGUGUCUGAAGGUGCCAGACAGUGGGGACUGUGGAGAGGAGAGAAUGAGCUGGUACUAUGAGGCCAAGAAGAACAACUGCUUCACUUUCACCUAUGGUAACUGCAACAAUAAUAUGAACCACUUUGAUACGUAUGACUCCUGCAUGCACUCCUGUGGGGGAGAGCUGGCCAGCCCCUGUGGUCUUCCAAGUUUGCAGGGUCCCUGCAAAGCCUACGAGCCCCGCUGGGCAUACAGCAGCUUGACGAAGCAAUGCCAGUCCUUCAUCUAUGGGGGCUGCGGAGGCAAUGAGAACAACUUUGAGAGCAAAGAAGCUUGCGAGGACGCUUGCCCCUUCCCCAAGAACCAAAACUGCAAGAUGUGCAAGCCGCGGCAGAAAAUGGUGACCAGCUUCUGCAAGAGUGAUUUUGUGAUCCUGGGUCACAUGACAGAGCUGACGGAAGAUCAAGACUCGGGCCAUGCCCUCAUCACAGUGGAAGAGAUCCUAAAAGAUGAAAAGAUGGGGCUCAAGUUUUUUGGCAAGGAACCCCUGGAGGUCACACUGCUGAACAUGGACUGGACUUGCCCCUGCCCCAACAUCACCAACACCGACAGCCAGGUUAUCAUCAUGGGGGAUGUGCACAACGGCAUGGCUAUCCUGCAACCCGACAGCUUUGUGGGCAUAUCCAGCGCCCGCCGUGUACGCAAGCUGCGAGAAGUCAUCCACAAGAAGACCUGUGACAUUUUGAAAGAGUUUCCCAGUAUUCAGUAG